AUUUUAUAUUGUCACUUAUUGUGCCCAAAAUUGAGUUUGUCUAGAACUUCUGCAUGGACUAGCUAAUGUCAUUAAAUAAAAGCAAACUUAAUAUUUGAAAAAUGCCAACUAAUAGUCCUGCAGUUCAGAGGCCAAUAUCAGAACAAAUAGAAGAAUUAAAAGCCAAGAUCUCACUUCUAGAGGGAGACCGCAAGGCUUACUAUGAAUCUUCACAAUAUGCUAUUAAGAAAAACAAAGAGGAUAUUUUGAAGCUCAGGAAAGAGAAUAAAGAGCUGCGACAAAGUCUUAAAGAUAAACUAAGUCAAGAUGCUCAUGUUAUCGGCAAAGCUUUCCAUGACAGGCCAGUUGAAAGAGCUGCCCUCUCAAACAAAACUGGGAGAGAGGCCAUCACCAUUUUCGAUCAUAAAGUUUGUGACUCCAUUAAGCUACUGAACCACAAGCGCCAUCAAACUGCCAGAAAAGAAAAGAGGCUAGCUGAGCUGGAGACUCAGUAUGAACAGAUGAAAAAAGAUUCAUCUGAUGCUGUAAAAACAGACAAAGGUGACUCUGAGGAAGCCCAGACAAUGCGCUAUUUGGAAAACAGUUAUGAUAAAGUAGUUCUAAAAACAGAAGAGGCCAAGCAAGUACAGAGAGUAUAUUUGGAUAUUAAGCACAGAUUUGAAGUGGAGGCACAAGAAUACCCAACCAAACUAGAUGCUCUGGAGGCUGAAAUACGUGACACCAAGGCUCAACUGAAAGAGCUCAAAGCCAUGCAUAAUGAUGCACAGCUCUCCAAAGAAAAGGCUUUGAAAGAUCUGAGGAAACAUGAAGAGACUGUCUAUGCUGAUAGGAAAAAGAGAGAGAUUGAACUGCAAAAGAUGAAGAAAGAAGCAGAAGAGAAAAAAAUGCAGCAUGAAAGAAUUGAGAAAAGGCUGGCUCAGCGUGGAUCAGUUCAACAAGAUGACCUCAGUCCACAGGAGAAGGCAGCUCUCAAUGGGGAGGAUCAUCAACAAAAAAUCACAACAUAUGAAGAAGCUUUCAAACGUAUCAAAGAAUGCACUGGAGUUGCUGAUACUAUGGAAGUAGUUCACAGAUUUGAAAAUCAAGGGGAAACAACUCGUCACCUUGAAGAUCUUAAGAAGGAAAAUGAAAAGCAAAUUACUCGGUUGAGAGAAGAAAAAGAAAAACUUCAAUUAGAAUUUGAGGAAAUGAAAUACUCUGGAGAGGCUAAAUUAUCCAGCGGCCAGACAAUGCUGGAAGAGUUUGAGGCCCACUUGUCUAAAGAAGAAGAGAGAAGAGACAAGGCUGAUGAACAACUGCAGAGAAGUAGCUGCAUCCUAGUUCAAGUGAAGGCUGGUGUAGAACAUCUGGCUGAUAAGCUCCAUCACUUAAAAGCUACUAAAGGACAUGUGCCUACAGCACAAAUUCCUGCUACUUCUGAUGAAUAUGUCCUGGACCAACUCUCCACGUCAGAGGAAAAACUUCUCAAACUCCUGGAAGAGCUUGAUGGAAAAGAUAUUGCUGAGAUUUUGAAACAAAUGGAAGAAGAAGAGUUCCAUGCUAGUAUUGAAGGCAAACUGCCCACGUACAACACCAGAGUCAAGUUACCACAAAUGCAGAAAGAUCUAGUAUAUGAUGACGACGAAGACAGUGGUGAGGAUGACUUUGAUGUACCAAACAGAGCAGCAAUUAAAAAACAAUCUCAAUUCAUUGUGGACAGUAAGACAAAGAGACGUGUGCCUAAAAAGAAAAAGAAGACAAAAUAAAGUUUCAGUUGUUGUGAUUUCAAUAAUAUGAAUUUCAAUUUUAAUCAAUUUAAGUCGUUAAAAAAAAACAACAUUUGUUUGAAUGUAUUUGUAGAGCAGUCCUUUUCUAACUUGACACAGAAUUCAAAGAAUUUUCAUGAAUAUUCAUUUUUAUAAAUAUGUUUUCUAAUAUUUUCCAAAUAGUUUUAAGUUUAUUUAACAUUCAUACAAUUUCAAAAUGUAGGAUUAAUGUAAAGCACAUUAUAAGCUUAUAGGUUUAUUGGCAUUGCUAACUUUAUGUACAUUUAAAAUUUGAUGCAUGAUUCAUUUUAACAUAUCUAUCUCAAGGCCUGUUGUAGUUACUUUUUUUAUCUAAAUGAUGAAAUCACAGCACUCAUUAAGUCAAAAUGAUUAAUUUGAUUCAUAUUAUGUGAAUAAAUUGACAUACUUAAUACAAUUAAUAUAUUGUGUUUGAAAUAUCAUUCCACCAUUUGCUAAUUAUGAUACAUUUGUGUAUUUCAUUAUUAAUUAGUCACAUUAUUAGUUUUGAAAAAUUUUUAACUGGCAACUCGUGUAUUACUAUACCAUGCCACAUGUGUGUGUUUGUGUCAUGCUUGGUAAGCACACAAUAGGAGCUGACCAGUGGAAAGUGAACUGUCCGUAUCAUUAGGUUCCAUUGCAUAUGUGUGGAAAAAAACUGAUCGAUUUGAAUAAACUAAAUGUAGGGUUAUGGUAGAAACUUGGAGAAUUUACUAUAAGUGACAUAUGAGGAUCAUAGGGUGCAACAGCACUUCACCAUUGGACUUUUUUCUAGGCAAUAUCCCUCAGCUGGGUCCAUGUCCAUCCUGUCGUCUUUACCUCGUGGUCUACUGAUCUUCUCCGGGGUCCUCCGACCUUUCUCUAUCCCUGUGGGUUUUAGUCUAGGGCCUGUUUUGCAUUGCUUUCUGUUGUUUUUUGUAAUGUAUGCUCAAUCCAGCCCCAUUUGUAUUUUUUUAUUUCUUGCUCUAUUGGUGUUUGCUGGGUUUAUUUUCUCACAGACUAUUGUUUGAAAUUUGUUUGGCCAUCUAAUAUCAAUUAUGUGACGCUCUGUAUUGUACUAUAUAAUAGGCCUAAAUAUAAAGCUAGCAAUCGCAGUCAUUUUUCACUGUCAUUGAUCAUUGGUCCUUAGUUAUUGGUCUGUCAUUAUUCUUUGCUGAUAAUUAUUUAUUACCUGUUACUUAUUUUUUAACUGUGUUUAAUUUCAACUAUUGUAUUUUAUGUCAAUUUAGUUAUCAUUGAACAAGUGAAUUAUAUUUUGAAUAGCUUAUUUUAUUGAACUGAGUUUAAAAACAUUAAACUAAAAAGAAAUAUAUAUCCA